AUGGCCUCCUCCUCCUCGACAUCGUCCCCCACGCUCACCCGGACUGAGACCCUGAGCCUGGGCUCCCUCUCCUUCGCGGCAGUUGCGGUCCUCCUCAACGCCUUCCAGGGCGAGGGCGAGCCCCUGAUAGCGUCACUCGCCCUCUCCGCCUUGGCCUUUGCGCUGGCCUACUCCAUGAUCCGAUGGCUCGGUCCGGUCUUCAAGCACGCCGGCUUCAAGGGUCGCGACCUCUCCAAACACCACCGCCCGGAGCUGCCCGAGUGCAUGGGCGCCGUCUGCGCUGCCGUCUACCUCCUCGUCGUCAUCAUCUUCAUCCCCUUCCCCUUCUACAAGGACAUCGUUGCCGCCACUAGCGGUGGUGGUAACAGGGACGUUGUUUUCCAGGUCGAGCAUGUCCAGCAGGGACGGUUCCUGCAUCGGUUCCCCCAUAGCAAGCUCGCCUCCUAUCUCUCCGCAAUCAUCUCCCUCCAGACGACAGCCCUCCUCGGCAUCGGCGACGACCUCUUCGACAUUCGAUGGCGCCACAAGUGGUGGAUUCCAGGCCUGGCUUCGGUCCCGAUCCUCGUAAUCUACUUUGUCGACUUUGGCGUCACCUCCAUCGUCAUCCCGAUCCCCCUCCAGCCCUACCUCGGCGAGCUCUUCGACCUCGGCGUUCUCUACUACAUUUACAUGUCCUGCAUCGCAAUGUUCUGCCCGCAGUCCAUCAACAUGCUCGCCGGCAUCAACGGCAUCGAGGUCUCCCAGUGCAUCGUCGUCUCCCUCCUCCUCGUCCUCAACGACUGCCUCUACCUCUUCACGCCCUAUCCCCACCCGGCCACGGACUCCCACCUCUUCUCCCUCUACCUCCUCCUCCCCUGGCUCGGCGUCUCCUUCGCCCUCCUCCUGCACAACUGGUAUCCCGCCAAGGUCUUCGUCGGCGAUACGUACUGCUACUUCUCGGGAAUGGUCUUCGCGACGGUCGGAAUCCUCGGCCACUUCUCAAAGACGCUCGGCCUCCUCCUCGUCCCCCAGCUCUUCAACUUCCUCUAUUCGACGCCCCAGAUCUUUGGCCUGAUUCCCUGCCCUCGCCACCGCCUGCCCCGAUUCAAUGCUCGCACCGGCCUCCUCGAACCGAGUAAGACUCCCUGGAGCCCCGAACGGCAACCUCGCCCCCUCGUCGCGCAGGGGCUGCACCUGCUCGCAAAGUUGCGUCUGCUGCAGGUCACGGUUGACGAAAAGGGCCGCUUCGUCGAGACGAGCAACUUCACUCUCCUCAACCUCUGGCUCGUCUGGCGAGGUCCUCUAAGAGAGGACCGCCUCGCGUGGGAGGUCACCUUUCUCCAGCUCUUCGUCGGUCUGUUCGGCCUCUUCGUCCGACAUCGCCUCGCUCUACUCAUCUUUAAGGAGGAUAACUGGGGUAUGACGACUCAGAGAUAUUGA